AUGACACUUCUACGACCACAUGCCAACAUCCCCAUCGUCCAGAUGUCCAUUCUAAAAGGACGGGAUGAGCAAGACUCGACAGAGAAAAACAUCAAGCUAGGACGAGCGGUUGAGUGCUUCAGGGACGCUGGAUAUGCUAUCAUUGGAAGCGGUGGGUCGUAUCACGACUUUGUGGCUAUUGCAAAGGCAUUCUUUGAAAAUCAGCAUGUUACUGCCGGCGCUGAAGAAUUUGAAGAUUUCCUGCAAUUUGCAGCGUCUAUUCCGGAUCCUGCUCUGAGAGAGAGGACCCUUUUCGACUGGCGGAAGCUCCCUGCCAGCUAUCUAGCCCAUCCUUCCGACCAGUCAGAGCACCUAAUGCCCUUCAUGGUUGCGGCUGGGAGUGGAGGGAACAAUGCUGGUGUGAAAUUUGCCAGUGAUACCAUGGAGCGGGUCGCGUUAUGA